UUUGCUCCAUCCUUCUAAUCAUGUCAACGUGUCUGGUCUGGUAUAGAUGACUUCUCACCUUUCCGCUCGCUACAGGACUCAGUUCGCCCAUGUCAACCCCUCGCUUACUUUUACUUCCAAACACGCUAGUGCAGCUCUUUGAGGUCUCUCCCAGGCUCGGCCAACUCUCUACCGUUGACCAUAGCCGAUCAAACCUCACGACAUCUGCUCAUACCUUCUGCCCCGCUAUCUUCUCUUGCGAAACAUGCUAUCCCCUGCGAAACGGCUAUGCAGGUACCGACUUGGCAUCUGUUAUCAUGAGCAAAACCUCUUUACAGACUCUGCCUUGGUAGUACAUAAGUUACAGAAUACGGCCGCAGUCCUGUGCCGUUGUAGGUCAUCCUCUCGUCCUUCUUUUCUUCGUUCUAUUAGCCUUGAAGGCUCAUUCUUUUGUUUGAACAGUUCC